CUUCCUUCCCCUUUUUACGCAUACCAUCAUUCAAGAUGACAUUCUCACCUAUAAUACAAAUACAGUCAACCUUUGCACACGUUGCAAAAGCUUUGGACGAUGAUGCGAUUCCAUGGAUGACAUUAAUUCAAGUUUUGUUGGUCGUCGUUUUAUCGUUUGAAGUGUUGGUCUCUUUGUUACAAUUAAGGACGUAUAGCGAACCUGCUCCUCCAGCAACACUCAAGCCACAUGUUACACAAGAGACAUAUGAGAAAAGUCGUGUUUAUGGUCGUGAUAAGCUGCAAUUCUCAAUCUUCAGCUUGAUCUAUGAAUGGGCUUUAAGUGCAGCUUUGCUACAUGCUUUCGCAUAUGCACGUAUUUGGUCAGCAGCAGGUGUGGUGAUGGCAAGAUUGGGCUACACAACUGAUUCGGAAGUUGUACAUUCUCUACUUUUCCUCUUGCUGUCACAACCGGUCACCUCAAUUCCUCUUCUACCUCUUUCGCUAUACAAAAACUUCGUCAUUGAAGAGAGACAUGGAUUCAACAAGAUGACCUUAAAGACGUUCUUCUUGGACGGAGUCAAGGGAUGGGCAGUUGGUGUCGUAGUUGCCGGUCCUUUCAUGGCAGGACUAAUCAAAUUGAUUCGAUGGGCAGGAGAUAGCUUUGUCGCAUACGUGGUCGUAUUUUUGUUCGUAUUCCAGUUGGUUGCCAUGACCCUUUAUCCAACUUUGAUUCAACCUCUGUUCAACAAGUUGACUCCCUUGGAAGAUGGACCUCUGAAAGAUCGUGUAGUGGCACUCGCUACUCAGCUCAAUUUCCCACUCAAGUCCAUUUACGUCAUCGAUGGUAGCAAGCGAUCUGCACACAGUAACGCUUACUUUUACGGAGUCUUGCCAGGUGGAUCCAAGCAUAUUGUCAUCUAUGACACUUUGAUCGAAAAGAGUACACCGGCCGAAAUUGAAGCAGUCUUGGCACACGAACUAGGUCAUUGGGCACAUUCGGAUACCAGCAAGCUUAUGGGAUUGAGUCAAGUUCAGAUCAGUAUCACAAUGAGUCUAUUCACGUUGUUCAUUCACAAUGCUUCCUUAUUCCGUGCUUUCGGCUUACGCUAUGCACCUUUGACAGCAUCUGCUUCCACAAAGAUCUCCAGUCUCAAAUCUGCCUUACUUCCGCUCUCUUCUCAAGUCAAAACUCCAUUCGCUGCGCCUUUGAACCCUUUCUCAGUUUCGGUUGGCUAUCUGCCCAUCGUUGUUGGAUUGGAAUUAUUCCAGCUCGUCUUGCAUCCUCUUGAUUCUUUGGUCAAAUUUUCCAUCAAUGCUGCCAUCAGACGAAUGGAAUAUGCCGCUGAUCGAUUUGCUGCUCAACAGCCACGUGCUCCUGAAUUGAUCGGAGGAUCGGGAAAGCAUAAAGCAGAAGAUGUUGCACUCAACGAACCUUAUACGACCUUAUUGGGAAAAGCAUUGAUCAAAUUGCACAUCCAAAAUUUGUCUACAAUGCACCAUGAUGCUCUUUACAGCGCUUAUCAUUACAGUCACCCAACGUUGACCGAACGAUUAGAUGAAUUGGAAAAGCUCAAAUCCAAAUCGAAAUGAAACAAGUAAUGUGACUUCCAAAAAAUUGUCUUUGUAUAGAUUGAUAUUGUAAGAAUUGUAUAAUUUGUACAGAUGCUCUCCGAGGUAAUCAGCCUUUAAUGAUAUAAAUACAAUUGCACAGUCAAA